AUAAUAGAAUCUUGCAAAGAAGUAAUUAUUAUUAAAAUAUUGUCAGAUAUUAAAUGUAAUAAGUUUUACAGUAUUAUAUUAGACGAAACUACAGAGAUCAUCUCAAAUGGCUCUAAUUUUAAGAUAUAUAUUUGAUGAAAAAAUAAAAGAAGAUUUUGUUUCAUUCAUAAAUUGUCACACAUACUUUUAUAAUAAGCAAAAGUCAAACCAGAAUGAACAAAUCAAUCAUAAUGAAGAAUGUUUAGAAAAUACAGAAAGCAACAUUAUUGAGCCAAAAUAGUAGUUAAUAUUCUAAAAAGUUUAAAUUUAAACUUGAAACACUGUGUUGCAUUCGCAACUGAUGAUUGCUCGGUUAUGACAUCUACGGUUUGUGGUGCUGUUAAAUAUAUUCAAUCAAAUGCAACUCCGAAUGCAGUUUAUAGUCCAUGUGCCAAUCAUUGUUUAAAUUUAUCAAUAUCUAAAUGAUCUAGUGUCAUGGCAAUUAGAGACUCUGUUGGUAUUAUUAAAGAAACUGUUAAAUUUUUUAAUAUGUCAGCCAAAAGAAAUCAUGUUCUUAAAAUAGUAUUUGGUAAAGAAAAACAUUUGAUGAGUUUAUGUGAAACAAGGUGGAUUGAAAGACACGACAACGUUUUGAUAUUUAAGAAUUCUCUACACCAUAUCAUUAAAUCUCUGAACCUUAUAACCGAAUGGCAAGAUAAUGAUUCAUCAGUAAAGGCCUAUUCUCUUUUAAGUUCAUUAACUACAUGUCAAUUUAUAAUAUCAUUAUUUAUACUCUCAGAUUUACUCAACGUCACCUGCAAGUAAACAACUUCAAAGUGUUCAAAAAGACCUACAUUUUGCAGAAGAUUGCUUUAAGAAUAUUAUAAAAAUUAUGGAAAACAGGCGGUCUAACUUUUUUAUAAAUUUUAAAACAAUAUUUAUAGAAAGUAAACAACUUAUGGAAAAAUUGGAUGUGGAACUAAAGUUACCUCGUAUUACUAAGCAUCAAAUACACAGACCAAAUAUAAAUACUUUAUCAGUAGAAGAACACUUUAUAGUUUCUGUUUAUAAUCCACUGUAUGAUCAUGUCCUUGAUGAUUUAAAAGAUAGAUAUUUAAGUAAGAAAAAUGUAACUGUUAAUAAAUUGUUACUUCUUAUACCAAGACUUGUUACUAUUAAAGUGCAUGAUAUGAAUAUAAUUGCUGACAUUGGUAACGAAUACUCGUUUAUUUGCAUAGAGAAACGACAGUUUUCUUCUGAACUUGAUUUGUGGAUUGCAAAAUGGACCAGAGUUAAAAAUGAAGAUUAAAAGAUUGGUUACGAUCAUGAAUGAGCCAAAAUAGAUUGAAUGGUUUAGCUCUAAUUUAUGUUCAUAGGGAAAAGGAAUUGUCAACAGAUAGCAUUAUUGAACGGUUUUCAAGAGUUAAAAAAAGAAACAUUGAAUUUAUAUUGUAAUGUUGCAUUUAUUUUAUAGAUAAACGGUUCAUUUUUGUUAAUACUUGUAUGUUUCUAUUUUAAAGAUGGU